CUCAUUCAUUCUUCUCACACACACUACUCUUUUUACAUUCCACUUAGAAACAACAAACACUCUUUGAUUCUCUUUGUUUUUUGAAGAAAUCUGAAGUAAAAAUGUCUCUCUUCAAGUUGAAUUUGGCUCUAAUGAUUUUGGCUGCACUGUUGUUGAGCUCCACAAUGGCUCAAUCUCCAACAUCAUCGCCUACAAAAUCUCAAUCAUCGAGAAAAGCAAUCUCUCCGUCACCUGUCGCCGUGACUCCACCACCGGUUUUUUCUCCCGCCACCGGAGGUUUUCCUCCUGAACAAUCAGCAUCUUCUCCAGCGAUCUCUCCUUCUUCCAUCUCUGGUCCACCAUCUGAAGCGCCAGGACCUGCUUCCACCGGUGCCGUUUUGUAUAGACUCACUGUCGCUGCUGGAUCGGUGCUUGUGAUUUUCGUAGCUGCUUUGAUCUUGUAGAUGCGGAAUUCUUAGAAUCUUUAAUUUGUUAUUUAUUGUUUUAAUUUCUAUUUAUUCUUUGAUUUAUUUUGUACUACUGUCCUAUGAAUAUUACUUACAAAUAGAGAAUUUUUUAUAUUUUA